GUAGUCAACGUUAUCGUUGUGGGCCUCUCUGUUGACAUGCAGAAGGAUGAUCCCAGCAACCCUGUGUGGCAGGUUUUGGAGAUCGUAUUUCUUACAUUCUACUUCUUUGAAGCUGUCGGAAAGCUUGCUGUGUUUGGAUGUCGAUGGUAUUUUCUGGGCGAAGACCAUUGGUGGAAUUUGUUUGACUUCAUUUGCUUGCUGCUUUCUUUGGCCGAUCUGGUGAUUUACAUCUAUGUGGAAAUAAGCCAGGUUGAGAACCCGUUCAAUUUGCAGACACUGAUGCUGGUCAAAAUGCUGCGUUUGGCUCGCCUUGCCAGACUGAUCAGAACUCUGCGGUUUGCAAUCUUUUAUGAGCUGAAGCUCAUGGUCCUUGGUGUCAUCAGCGGUAUGCGGGUGCUGGCGUGGGCAUUGGUACUUUUGGCUCUGCUGAUUUAUGCAGCUGCAAUUGCUACCACAAGCAUGUUUGGAGGUGACGAGAGAGUACCAGAGAUGAGAUCACUGAGUAGGUCAUGGUUUACACUUUUUCGCUGCUUCACUGAUGGUUGUGCUGCCUACGACGGCACUCCGCUCUCAGAAAGGCUAUAUGACAUUUAUGGAGGGUGGUGGGUGGUGCCAUAUGUUUUCCUUUUUGUCAGCAUCACCUUGGGCUUGUUUAAUCUUAUCAUGGCGAUCUUCAUUGACAACGUCAUGGCCAGUCAGAUGCAGCGGAAGCUGCAAGAGAUCUCCAACACAGCCAAGAGCGUCGAAAUUGAUCUCAAGGAGAGCCUCUUGAGACUAACCUUGCAAAGCAAAUCCAACGGCGUGCCGCCGGAUGUGGAGAAAGAGAUCAUGCACAUGGACGAUCAUUAUCACAACCACCUGGCAAGAGUGCGAGCAAAAUUUGAUCUCUUGGUUAGUGCGGAGAUCGUGGUCACGAAAGCGGCAUUUUUAUCCUGGUUGAAGGAUCCUGGAUUUGUGGCUGUACUCAAGGAUGCAGACAUUGAGACUGCGAACGAGUCAGGAAUCUAUGAAGUUUUGGAUGCCGAUAUGAGCAACACCCUCAGUAUAGACGAGGUCUACGUUGGCUUGAUGAGGUUGAGAGGUCCUAUCGCCAAAUCGGAGAUCGUCGGCCUUAUUUUGAGAUCGGGAUGUCUCGGGACUUUGAAAAAACGCAACCUAUUGUUUCUGAAUCCCUUCACUUACACUGAAUGUGGAAAAGACAUACCAUAUGCCGGUUGGGCAGUAUAAAAUCUCUAUCUCAGAGAGAAGGAAGGUUUACACCAACUUCUGAGACUGGAUAAGUGAGCCCUGCUUUUUGGAAAGAGGAGCUGGCUUGGGAAUGGUAGGGCCUGGGGCAUUUGAUUCCGUGAAAGGCUGCGGCAUGUGACCACGCUGAUUGCUGAGAUGUCUCGCAAGCAAGAGUAAGUCAUUCCUGAAGUCCUCAAAGACUCAAAGACGUUCUUCGAAUUCCAUACAUUGAAGUGAUU